ACUAGGUUUCUUUUUACUUUUUGUUAAAGAACAGUUUUGUUUUGCUUUAAAACGAAAAAAAGAAGUCUGUUGUUUCAGUAUGAAAAGUUUUUACAUUGUUUUAUUCUUUUCAUUAAAAUAAAGCGACAAAUUAUGGCGUGUGAAACAAUUGAACAACAAUUUAAAAACUCUUUUUGUACCAAGGAUUAUGCGUCCUGUUUAGGUUUUCUUAAGCAAUUAGAAGAAAAACACAUUUAUUCCGAAGAAAAAUUACGGAAAUAUCGUUUUUACUCGUUAUAUCAGUUAGAAAAAUUUGAGGAAAUAUGUCAACUUUUUGACACUAAAAAAGAGGAGACGCGAAAGUCACUAGGUCAAGAUUUCUUAUUUUAUUACGCCUAUGCUUUAUAUAAAUUAAAUUUGCUUUUGAAGAGUUUACAUAUUGUUCAAUGUUGCCGUUAUGCAUUGCGUGGUUUGCCUGCACCAACAACGAAUUUACCUUUAUCAUUUUCUGAUAUACAUCGGGAAUCGGAAGAUGAACGGUUAGCAGUACUUGAAGCUCAACUUUUAUAUCGUUUAGGACUUUAUCAUCAAAGUUUUCAACUUUAUUCUUUACUAGUAAAUCAAAAAGAUGGAUAUGUUUUUGCUGUGAAUUUAGAAGCAUGCCGCUCUUUUUUGGCACAGUCCAAGCAAAAGUGCCCGAAUGAAUUAUCUUCAUUUACGGGUUAUGAAUUGUAUUAUAAUCGCGCUUGUACAGCAUUAAACUGUCAAGAUUAUUUAGAAGCUGAAGAGCUGUUGGACUAUGCGUUAGAACUCUCUCAGAGUAAAGAUUUAGAAGACAAUAUAAAUCCCGAUUUGCAAAAUGAUAUAAUUUUAAUUCAAUUACAAAAAGCAUUUUUACAUCAAGUACGAAAUUUUCAUGAAGAAGCUUUACAAACAUAUCGAGACGUAUAUAAAAACUCAGUAGUCUUAUUAAAUGGAGAUCUUGAUCCUAGUGUGAUUUUUUGUAUUGUAAAUAAUGUAGCAGUAAUUGAAAAAAAUCCAUCAAACAUUCCAGUUUUACGAGCAUGUCCUCCUUGGUUUGUUAAGUUAAUGCUGGUUGGUUUUGAAAGUACAGUAUCUCAAGAAGAACUACAUGAAAAGAUUUUACGUUCAUGUAAACAAUCGGGUUAUCGAUCUUCUUCCUUUUUCAAACUUUCGAGUCAUCAAUUAAUUUUCUUAAUGAGGAAUUUCUGUAUCAAAUUACUCUCUUCCAAUGCUUUUUCUCAAGUGGAACAAUUUUUGUUACCCUUCGCACCGUUUUCUUUAAUCCUUUCUACUCUUCUUAUUUUUGUUCAGAUAAAACAAGAAAAAUAUAAAGCAGCAGCUCAAUGGCUUCAUAAAGUAUCAAAUUUGCAUGAAAAUUUCUAUUUUGAGUAUAAUUGUUUUGCUUUAACACUACUUAUUCAAAAUAAAGAAAAAAAAUGUAUAAAUGGCUUCUUACAAAACUUGAAUUUUUCCAAAUUUUUAACCUCCAUUCCAUCUCACGGUUUGGAAUCAUUUUUAUAUUUUCUUCGAUUUUUUAAUAAAUCUUUUCCUAAAUAUUUUAAUCAAUUAUUAAUUGAUGCUACUAGUGUGAUGAAGGAUACGAAACAGGGUCCUUUAUUAAACUUUUCAGCUGCGUUUGCCUUAGGAAAAAUUCUUUAUGAAACGAAAGAUCUUUCUCAAGCCGUUCAAUGGUAUGCAUUUGCAGCUACGUUAGGUGAAAACAAAGAAAAACGCUUAGCACUGGCAGGCCAAAUGGGCGCUUUAGCGCAUUACGAUAUUCUUCAAGCGCAAAACUUAUUAAAACAUAUACAACAAGAAUGCAUUCUUUCACCUGAGCGUUUAAACGAGAUUGAUCCUGAUGAUGUCGAGCAAAAAUAUCGACAGAAAAAUCAUCUCAAGAUUCAAAAUCCUGUUUCGAUAAUGUAUUCAAAAUUUGUUCAUCAAUCUUUAUUUUUAAAUUGGGUAAUGGAAUCAAUUUAUAAAGAUUGCAGUGAACAGCAAGACUCGCAUUGUUUGCAAAUGGAGAGACGCAAAAGGCAACGAAAAAAAUUUAAGCAUCCGGUGACGUCUACAACGUUGCCAGAUCCGGAACGAUGGCUACCCUUGCGGGAAAGACAAUCAUAUAAGAAAUUAAAAAAAAUGACGGGAAAAAUAUCACGUUCUUGUCAAGGCAGCGUCCAUUCUUCAGGAAACAAUGUGGAUACAACUACAAAAAAAGCUUCCACGUGCAACGUCGAAGCAAGAAUUGAUAUAAAACGACGUGUAAAUCGUCGUCAUAGAAAAUAAAAUAACCGAAUACAAAAAAAAACGAGGUUGAGAAUCUAAACAUCUUUUACUCUAUUAACAGUUUAAAAUCGUUUCUGUGACAACUGUUUUAUUGAAUAAAAAAAAAUACAGAAUGUCGUAACA